UUCUUACAUAGUAUAAAAGAAGAUAGGUAUAUUCUUUUUUGCUAAAUGGCAGAGGCACCAGGUGAUUCUGGGGAGUCAGAUUAUGAGCCUGCAGAGGAGCUGGAGGACGAGAGCCCAAAUGACGUCAUCGAGGAAGAUCACGAAUACCUUCGUCACCACAUUGCCACUUUAAAAAUGGAUGACGCCGUCCUAGAACCAGGAAUAUUGAAGACAUUCGAAGAUUAUUUAGAAUUAGGUGGUGAGAGUAUUAAUGCAAUCCGUUACCUUUCAUCUGGUUACAAGGGCCUUCCCUUAAUGAUUAAUGUACUAGUGGACUGGCUUCACUUUGCUGGCUGUAGAAGGAAAGACAUUCAAACUCUGGUAGAAGAACACAUCAAGACAUUAAUCAUUAAAGAUUUUGAUCCAAAGAAAGCCGAUCUCAUAUUCACUGAGGAAGGAUCUACCCCUUCGUGGCUGGAGGAGAUGAUUUGUUUUCAGACUUGGAGGGAACUUUUCUAUCAGUUAACAGAUCAGUAUCCUGACUGCUUGAUGCUCAAGUUUACUAUGAAACUAAUAGCUGAUGCUGGCUAUCAAGGGGAGAUUACGAGUGCCUCGUCAGCAGCUCAUCAACCCGAGGUGUUCUGUGGACUCAUAAAGACAUUACUAACUGACAUCAUCACUGCUUCAUCUCCUAAUGAAAUGGAAGAGAGCCUCAAAGAAUUCUGUGUGAGUUACAUGUAUGACAUGUACUGUAUGAUAUAA